CUAACACGUGACGUAACAAUGGAAGUGAUCGAAAAGAAACCAAACAGCGCCGCAGAAAGUGAGAUACGCGAAGAAUGUAAGGUUGGAGUGAGAAGCGUAACCAUGGCGCUUACUUUCAGAACCCUCUUUCUCAUGCUACUCGCAAUCCUCUCUCUUCUCCUUUUCGAGGACUGGGUGUCAACGCCUUCUUGCAACAACACCGACAACAUCAUCGACGACAACCUUAAAGUCAUGAUGGUCGCUGACCUCCUUCUCUCCGAUUCCGGUUUCGUCAACCGCUUUUUCCGAGACUACUACAUGUCCAAAUUCUUUCGGAAAUCGUUCGAGGUGCUGCGGCCCGAUUUGCUUCUGGUGUUGGGCGACGUUUCGGCGCGAGGCUCGGAGCUAACGAGGAGCAAGUGGGUGUCGGUGCUGCGGAGGUUUUACAGAGUGUUGGGCCCUUUUGUUGGGCUUCCGUUCCACGCUGUUCUCGGCGACAGAGACGUCGGAGAGUGUGGGGACGUUGAUGUUGAUAGGGUUAGUUGGAUUGCGAGCAAGUUUCCUGGGUUGGAUUCUUCUGGCUGCGCUGCGUUUGAGAUUGGGAAUGUGAGUUUUGUCACGCUGAACGCGGUGGCUCUGCUUUGCGGGGGGAGUGGUGGGUUGCGUUUUGAUGUGGAGAAGGUGAUAGAAAGGGAGAGUGUGGAGGUUCACAUGGGAAUGGAGAGGGUGGUGAAGAGAGUCAAUGGUUUUGGGGAGUUUGCAGAUGCGGAUGUUUUAUCUGGGUCAGGGCCUGUCGUUUUGCUUCACCUGCCGUUGGAUCAAACAAGGAAUGAACACUUUGGUUCGGUUGGUGAUUUUGAGAAAUAUUGGACUUCUUCCAUGGAGGGGUUAAAUGUGGUGCCAGAAAGCAGGGGUGGCCAGUACAAGUUGCUUCAUAUGCUGCCUCCGAAUGCUUCUGAGUACAUUUUACAAGCUCUGAAACCAAGGAUUAUUUUCAGUGCUCACAGGUAUACAUUUUCUGAUCACGUUCAUGGGGACAGAACUCGUGAGAUUAGUGUUCCAGCAAUGUCAUGGAACGCAAGAGAUGACCCUGGAUUCGUGAUUGCCUCUUUCCAAAAGGCAGGAAGAGCAGUGAGCAUAAGCCAUUGUUCUCUUGCUAGGGAAUCUCAAAUUGUUCUAGUCUACAUUUCUGUAAUGUUUUUGUUCUGUUUGGUGUGUUUAAAAGGAUAUUCUGAGUCUGCUACUGGUAUUCAUGCUGAUUCUAUUAACAGCAAGGAAAAAAGUAUAAUUGAUGGACCUUGCUACCAGUUGGAGGACAACAGAUUGUGUUGUUCGAAAGCAAGGUUCUUGACGCAGAUCGAUUCUCCGGCCUUCCGCCUUCCUUCAAUUCAACUCAGCUCUCUGCGCCUUCCCCUGCGCGCCCAUGGCCGCAUCAUAGCACCGAUUGAUCAAUCGAUCACAUCAAAAUCAAUGGCGGAAAGCGCAUCACCGUCGUCCAAACCCUCACCAAUGGACCCUCAGAACCCCGCACCAUCCUCCAACCCUACAAUCCCUUCCCCUUCCCACAACAACAUGCCUUCACCUUCGCUCCCUCCGCUUCCCCAAGACCAGCAACAGCAACAGCAGCAGCAGCAGCAAAAUCUUCAUCAACAGUUGAGUCCGCCUCAACAACAACAGCCUCUCGUGUCGUCGCAAGCCAUGAACACCAUCAACGGCAUCAACCCUAUCUCCAAUUUCCAACUCCAGCAGACCUUGCAGCGAUCGCCUUCCAUGUCGCGCCUCAAUCAAAUCCAGCCUCAGCAGCAGGCGCAGCAGCAGCAGCAGUUCGGCGUCAUGCGCCAACAGGCCGGAUUGUACGGCGGACAGAUGAGCUUUGCUGCCGCGGGCGGCGGAGCGGGCCAGCAGCAGCAGUUGGGCGGCUCCAAUUUGUCGCGGUCCGCGCUGAUAGGGCAGAGCGGACACUUCCCCAUGUUGUCUGGUGCUGGCUCGCAGUUUAACUUGCUCUCCUCGCCAAGGCAAAAAGGUGGGCUAGUUCAGCAGUCUCAGUUCUCAGGUAAUUCUGCUGGACAGUCUCUGCAAGGAAUGCAAGCGAUGGGUAUGAUUGGAACGCCAAAUCUCCCCUCUCAACUGCGAGCUAAUGGAGCCCUUGCUUAUGCACAGCAGCUGCGAAUGGGUCACGGUCAAAUCAGGCAGCAGAUGUCUCAGCAAAGUUCACUUAACACUGGACAGGUUCAAGGUUUACCAAGGUCAUCAUCCCUUGCUUUUAUGAACUCUCAGUUGUCUGGGUUGUCGCAGAAUGGGCAACCAGGGAUGGUUCAUAACUCCUUAACACAGCAACAGUGGCUUAAGCAAAUGCCAGCAAUGUCUGGCCCUGCCUCACCAUUGCGUCUUCAACAGCAGCAGAGGCAGUCGCUGGCUUCUUCUACUCAAUUGCAACAAAACUCUAUGAGCCUGAACCAGCAACAAUUGUCCCAGCUGAUUCAGCAACAGAAGUCGAUGGGGCAGUCUCAGCUGCAUCAGCAGCAACAGCAGCAGCAGCCUCAACAACAGCUGCAACAACAGCUCUUACAUCAGCAGUCACAACAACAGUCUCAUCCACAGGCUUCUGUCCAUCAACAGCAACAGUCUCCAAGGAUGCCAGGAACUGCAGGCCAAAAGUCAUUCAGUCUAACAGGAUCACAGCCAGACGCUACUGCAUCUGGUGCAACUACACCAGGUGGUAGUUCUAGCCAAGGAACAGAAGCAACAAACCAAGUUCUUGGGAAGAGAAAGAUACAGGAUUUAGUUGCACAGGUGGAUCCACAAGGUACACUGGACCCCGAAGUUAUAGAUCUUCUUUUAGAGCUUGCUGAUGACUUCAUUGACUCUACAACUACACACGGUUGCAUUUUGGCAAAACAUAGAAAAUCAUCAACUUUGGAGUCCAAGGAUUUAUUGCUACACCUAGAGAAAAAUUGGGAUUUAACAAUUCCUGGAUAUUCAAGUGAAGAGAAGAAGUAUCAAAGCAAACCUCAAUUAAAUGACCUUCACAAGAGGCGCCUAGAUAUGAUUCGCACAAUGAUGGAAUCUUCGGCCUCUGAGUCAAAUAUUAAUAGUUCUAAAGAGUUGAGUAGACAGGGCAUUUCAAAUCCUACCCCUAUGGGAGCUCACCAUCUAGUAAGACCCAUGAGUUCAGAGCAGUUGGUUUCUCAGGCAGCUGGUUCUCAAAUGCUACAGCAGAUGACAAGGUUUUAAUGAACUUUUGAUUUUGGACUUCGUGCUGCUAGGUUUGACUGCCUGUGCCUGGCAGGUCUGGGAAGAGAUUGCUUGCUGAAACUGAUUAGUAUACAAGGGAACUGUAAUUACUUAGUAUUUAGACAUGAAAAAUAGUUGUUAAAGGAUCCCAGUAACUCUUGAUAUUGCCCCAACCCUCAAUAGUCCUUUUGUUUUACUGUUUGAUCUUAAUUGUGGUUUUCUAAUGUCCA